UACUUCGAAGCGUUUGUAGCGUCAAGAAACCGCAGCCCUAGUGUCAAGUUAUACGUUAAGAUGUCGCUCGUGAUUCCUGAGAAGUUCCAGCACAUUCUUCGUGUCAUGGGCACGAACAUUGACGGUAACAGGAAAGUUAUGUUUGCUAUGACCGCGAUCAAAGGUGUUGGUCGGCGUUAUGCCAACAUUGUCUUGAAGAAGGCGGACAUUGACUUGGACAAGCGAGCUGGAGAAUGCUCGGAAGAGGAAGUUGAAAAAAUUGUCACCAUUAUGGCCAAUCCCAGGCAAUACAAAAUUCCCGAUUGGUUCCUCAACAGACAGAAGGACAUCGUCGAUGGAAAAUACUCACAGCUCACGAGUGCCAACUUAGAUUCUAAGCUACGUGAGGACUUGGAAAGGAUGAAGAAAAUCCGUGCUCACAGAGGGCUGCGUCACUACUGGGGUCUCCGUGUACGUGGUCAGCACACCAAGACUACAGGUCGUCGUGGACGCACGGUUGGUGUGUCGAAAAAGAAGUAAACUUUUAUAUAUACAUUUUAUGUACUAUAUAUUAAUAAUAAAUCUUUAAACGGUAAAUGUUUUUAUUUGACCACUUGGUCAAUUGUGAAAAGAAAAACCAUAACAGUCAAGAGGCACAAUGUUAAAUAUAAGAAUAAUUCCAUCGUGUUGCAUGCUUUAGUCAUUGAUUAGUGAUUUAUUUAAUUAAAUUGGGAUUAAUCUCUUGGUCCUGAAGUAAUGAAUCACUUUUCAAGCCAAAUAAGAUAGCCAUUAUUUCGACUAAUUCAAGCUGAA